UUUGACCUAAAUGAAAAAUCUCAAAAGUGAAAGACAAGAUUUUUUGUGUAAAUAACACCCAAAAGAACAACAAACACGUUUUUUAAAAGUUUUUUUGAACGUCAAAACUUGUGACCAACACUAAAAAUUCAUGGAGGUGACUUUCAUCAUAGACCACCCUGCAGAAAUAUAAGACUUUCGGAGAUACGGAUUUUUUUUUCGUCAAAUUGAGAAAAAAAAGGUGAAGGAGUGCGUGAGAGUUGCGAAAAUUGCCUUGGACAUCCGCAUGUGCGUGAAGUGUUGGAAAAUGUGGGUGGUGUAAGGCUGAAAGUGUGUGGAGAGAGGAAGUGAAUAUAAAUUCACCCGUAAAAAAGAAAAAGGUUCAGCACCCACCAAAUGCGCCCCAUGUUUCAUCCGAGGCAUUAAUGAGUGGAUCCUACGAUCCUCUGUCAGCCUACAACCUAUUCCAUCGACAUCCGAGCUCAAGUAGCGGCGCUAAGGCGCCGCCAUCCGGCCACCGAGUGUCCACUGGCAAACAGAGUAGCGCCACUAGCACCAGACAAAUGGUGAUGUCGCCGAGUAGACGUCCAUCGCCACCGGGAAUCGCUGCACAUCCAAUCAACAUGCACCUGGGCUCCCUGGCGCACUCACAGAUGCAACUGCAGUCGCAGAUGCACCAAAAAUUGGCGGCUGGGCUGACGCCCAACCACAUGAGUCACUUCUUCAAGAGUCCUUCCACCUCUCCCCAUGGCGGCGGACUCAAUAACAAUAACUCCCCCACGAGUAUUGGCUCAGCAUCGAGUCCACUCAAUCACCUCCAGAAUAUGCAACCAUUUGACUUCCGGAAACUCGGGGCUCUCGGAGCUUUUCCGGGAGCUCUGCCGGGAACUCGACUGAGUCCAGAAUUGGCACAGCAUCAUCUGCAGCAGCAACAGGCGGCUGCUGCGGCUGCUCAUGCUCGACGCCGCCUCUCGGAGUCUGCCUCUGAGAAGGCUCUGCAGAAUCAUGCAGCUGGACUGAUGAAUCUCUCAAUGUCAGGUCACCAUCUACCCUUCCCACUUCCGCCACCGCCUCCACCAACGUCAGCCGCUGCUGCUAUGUCCCUAGCCUCAUCACUCAAUCACUCAGCCGCCGCCAUGGCGGCUGCUGUGUCAGCCAAUCCUCUGGCUGCAAGUCUCAUGGCUCAGUCAUUUCCUGGACUGAUAGCAGCCUCGCAGCAGCAAUCCAGUGGCCGAAGCAAAUCUCCCUCCCACCAUAUCUCCCGAGAAGAGCGCAAAGAACGUCACUCCCAUGAGAAUCAUCAGGAUCGGGGUGAGGAAAAUACCAAUAGCGCCCUCAAUCUCAGCCGGGACGCUGUGAAUACACCCACGGGACGCAAGAGUCCCAAAAUCCCACGGGAUUCUCAGCAACAGUCCCUGCCACGAAUGCCCGGAGGAGAUCGUGGGAGUUCGGGCCAAACCAGUGACAGAGUCAGUGGUCUUCCGCCCAAUCAUCACAUCCGCAAGCCACACAGUCCCGCCAAACGUCAAUGGGGCUCAGUGCCCAUCAAUCUCGGCACGCAGUUCAUCAAUCCGGCCACGGGGAAGAAGCGUGUACAGUGCAAUGUGUGCCUAAAGACGUUCUGCGACAAGGGAGCACUCAAGAUCCAUUUCUCAGCUGUGCAUCUGAGAGAGAUGCACAAGUGCACAGUGGAGGGCUGUAGCAUGAUGUUCAGUUCCAGACGAUCUCGAAAUCGCCACAGCGCCAAUCCCAAUCCCAAACUCCAUUCACCCCAUUUGCGCCGGAAGAUCUCACCCCACGAUGGUCGCAGUGCUCAGCCCCAUCCAAUGCUGCUGCAGGGACCGGGAAGUAUGAUCCCCGGAGGACUGAAUCCACUGCAUCCCUUCGGUCCCUUCCCACUGCUCACCCCACCGCCAGACAUGAGGCACCAUCUGGAAUUCAAGCAGAAUCUCGAGCUACAUCAUCGCCUGGAGCAGCAUGAGAAGGCCAGGGAACGCGAAAGUCGCUAUCAGGCCCAUGAGGAGUGGAGCAAAGCUUCGCGCUCUGAUCAGGACAGCGUCCAGGAUGACGAUGGGGACGAUGAGGAAGAUGAUGGAAUUGUUGUGGUGGGAGAUGAAGAAGAUCUUCACCAUUCGGACAAAAUGUCUCACUCCGGAUACUACGAAGAUAUGAGUGACAACAAAAAAUCCGAAGCUGAAGAUACAGAUGAUAAUAUGCAGCCGGAAGAUUUUAGUGUCUUCCGGGACAAGGCGAAGCAUUCAGUAUCCUCAGAUGCUGACGAUAUCAAUAGCAAUGUGGAUAGCAAUGAGGAUUCCCUGAGCCUGGCAGAUGCUCAUGGGACCAAAGAAGAUGGUGGCUCAUGUCUUCCCAUCAAUAAACGGAAGCGCAAGAGUCAGAAUCCCACUCGGUGCGCCAUUAUGGGCAGUGAUCACAUGUCCAAUGAGGAGGAUUCCAGUGACUUGAAUUUCUCCGGACCUGUUCAGGAGGAGCCCCAGCCACUGAUAAAACGAGUACGUUCGGAUGAAGAGCUGACUCCACGCUCCAAGGAAAGUCCCAAAAUCCUACCAUCUCCUCCACCAACCCCAUCGAGUCACGAUCGUCGGGUUCUGUCACCGCCAAUUUCCCGGACUGUUGUGAAAAGUGAACCCAUGGAUGUGAAACAGGAACCUGAAGAUGAGGAUGAACAGCCAGAGAAUCUAACCCUGGACUUGUCAGCAAGGAAGAGAUCUAGCACCCCAAUAACUGGGAAAGCUGACGUGAAUGCCAAUGAGAAGGAACAGGAAGACAUAAAGCCUGCAUUAGUGUCUCCUCCUGCCAGGAUAAAAUCCCCACCAUCAGCACGGGAAGAUGUUCCACUGAGUUUGAAGAAGGAAUCAUCCCCGGAGAGGGACAAUCAACGUCCAGAAUCUCGGACAAGUCGCAAAAGUGACGAGAGUAUGGACUCAGCAAAUGCCCUAAGACGCCUGGAAAAUCUAUCACAGAAUCACUUCAAUGAGUUGAUAAUGUCCAGGAACAACUUCUUAGGACCACAAUUUCCACCAUUGAGUUUUAUGAUGGGUGGAGCACCACCGAGUCCGGCUCGAUCAGGUGCCAGUUCUCCAGAAGGUGGUGCUGGAAAUGAGUCAGCCGGCGAUGAGGGUGACAGCGAGGAUGACAUGUACGAUCCAUAUGAAAAUGGUAAUUUCAUGGGCAUGGACGUACCCAUUGACAAAGACAAUCCUCGACGGUGUGCAGCGUGCGGGAAGGUCUUCCAGAAUCACUUUGGCGUGAAGACACACUAUCAGAAUGUACAUCUGAAACUCCUGCACAAGUGCAAUGUGGAUGGUUGCAAUGCAGCCUUCCCAUCGAAGCGCAGUCGUGAUCGACACAGUGCAAAUCUCAAUCUCCACCGCAAACUCCUGUCCACAACGUCAGAUCGCCCGGAAGAUAUGACAGUGGACAAGUCAUUUGCCUCUUUGGCAUCUCACACGGAACUCCUGGCACGGCUGUAUGCUGAUUCCCAGGGGCUACCGCUGAAUCUGGAGGCACUGAAGCAACAGCUACCAGCAGCUCAUCCACUAACUGAGCACUUCCUAAAUGGUGCUGGAGGUGCUCCUGGCGAUCAUCGUUUCCCACCGGCUCCACAUGGAGCACCUGGACCCCUUCUCUUCCCACCACUUGGUGGUCUGGCCGGCUUUCCAGGACUUUCGUCUUUUGCAUCGCACCUCCUACCUCAUCCACUCAAUGGAUUCUCAGCCUCACUUGCGCGACGCACCUCGUCGGACUCAACUUCACCAGCUUCAGCCAAUUCACCACCCGCCAGUGCCCGUGGCACAUCUCCUGCCUCCCAGCAUCCCGACGACGAAAGACGCUCACCACUUGAAGAUGCUCGCCAGCGUCACAGUCCAGAGCGGCUAUCCACCUCGUGACGCUACCCCUUCAGCCACCUGCCGCCAAUCGGGGGCGUCUCUCACCACUGGUGAUCAUAUCAGGCAUCCCCGGACAACGCCACGAGACACUCUGAUAAGUGCCCAGUGAUAUGAUUUUCUCAAUGAUCUUCUUACUUUAUUAAAUUAUACCUCCGGCUCAUCCCCAAAAUCCUUUGGACUUCCUUAAAAUCUCCCAAGUUACGUCAAACGGGGAGAAAUACCCCUCUUUUAGAAUAUCUUUUUAGCAGGGGAGUGCAAGAACCGUUUGAAACCGAAUAAACGUCAAAAUAAAUUUCCCGUCAAAUCAUUGCUCUACGGUAUAUUCUAGUACAUUCAGAGGAAAUCUGUAGAUUUUCUAAAGAAUUUCUGUCAGAAAAUCUUUAGAUUUUCGGCAGAAAUUCUGCCGAAAAUCUGCAGAUUCUCGGCAGAAUUUCUGCAUUGGAAAUCUGUAUAGUCUCCAUUGUCUCAAAAAAAAAUAUUGUUGAUUUAUUAAGAAACUGUAGAAGUUACAAAGAAAAUGGUAGGGUAAAUGGUGGAAAGCGAGACACUUAAGAAAAAAAUCAAUUUCAAAUGCAUUUUUAAACCGAAUAAAUAAUUAUUUUAACCAUUUUUUUUGUAUCAUGGGAUUCUUUGACAAGUAUUUUAACAGAAUCUUAACAGUUGUUAUUAAAUAUUGCAACCGAAUAAUCGGAAAAUUCACGGAAAUUAAAAAAUAACACAUUUUGAAAAGAUGGACAAAAUUUUGGAAAGUUGGACAAAAACUUUUGGAAAGUUGGACAUAGUGAUAUUGAUGACACAAUAUCAUACAAAAUAUGUAGAAAAUCAAAUGUUGAGGGUUUUCUCUGUAUACUUGCACAUUUGAUUGUUAUGCUAAUCCCUCCUUUAUGUCCGGGUAACAGUUGAGGAUCGCUAAUUACCAAGAAAUUUCUGGAUGUCCAACCAAAAAGGGGUUCUGUAAAUUUCACAGACGCCUCGCGCUUUCCAGCAGUUAUAGCUUUAAAGCGGAUGCAAUUUUUAGCACAUUUCAAUCCCCUAUCCGCCCAAAUCCUAUUCCACUUGCUUUGAGAGGUCUGUAGAGACUCCUCUUUGUCUUUCUUCCGGUGUUUUUGCGAUAUUUACUAUCCGUUCUGUCAGAAAAAGGGGUCUUCGGAAUCUGGAAAUCUUUGCCGCCUUUUCCAGGAGAUUUUCUCCUUAACAGCUGCUAACUGCUAUUGGAACUAUCUUCCGGAUACUUAAGGAUCUUUGUCGUCCUUGUUAACAUGAUUUCACUGCACAAAACCACCAAAUUUAUUCACAAAAUCAACUUGUCCAAGAUUUCAUAAAACUUGUUUUGAAAGCAACGCGAAAUUAAAUCACUUUUCUAUCCUUUUUAAAUGUAGUAUUUCACAAAUAUUUUUUAUUCACCUUUUAAAUGGAUGUAUGUCCUUCGAUUUUCACUGCGGACUUAACAAUAUUUCACAAAUUAUGCCGAAAAAUCAAACAAAACACUUUGAUAUUUUCCUAGCAACUUCCAUAAGAAACAGAGAAAAUGACAACUACCGUGUCAAGGUUAUGAAUAUCACGUAUGCAAUACAUUUUCUAAAUUCUCCUUGCAAGUCACCCUUUGAUUGUUUUAUAACGAUUUUUGCAUUUUUAACUUCUAAAAUAAUCAUAAAAUUAGGUUUAAUCAUCUUUUUAUCGAAAAUUGAAAUAUUUAAUUGAUUUAUUAUCAAGUUUUUAAGGAGGUGUCUCACAUUCCAGACUGCUUUGUCCAACUUUCCAAACUGUCUCGCUUUAGGCAAAUGACCCUAUGUUCUGCUUAACAAGCAUUACCGAUUAAACAUUUUAGAUAACUAAAAAGUUGCGAGCAAAAAUACUAAUUUCUUAAAAAUCGCCAAUCGAAUGAUACAAAAACACGAGAUUUAAGUCGACACUGUGUUUAAAGAUAUCACUUAACUAUUCUCUACUUAGAACACGGCGUCGCAGAAUUCUUUAUUUUAUAUAAACACUGUGAAAUCACCAAGAAUCACUCUAUUGAUUUUUGCAAACAUCAGUGAAAAAUAUAUUCCAUCUUUUCUGACAUAGCUGUCUGGAAAGUCUGGAAUGUAGAAAAAUCUACAGAAAAUCGGCAAAAUAUCUACAGAAAUUCGUCAGAGUAUGCACCAGGAUUCGUCAGAAAAUCUGGAAAAAUUUCUGACGAAUUUUGUCCCAAGCUCAAAUAAAAUUCCUAGGAAUAUCUACAGAUUUCUCGGCAGAUUUUCGACAGAGGUGUAGAUAUUUUCUGCAGAAAACUUAAAGAUAUCUGACGAAAUUAUUUGACGGGAAGUUUCAUUUGACGUUUGUUCGGUUUCAAACGGUUCUUGCACUCCCCUGCUUUUUAGAGUGGAGGCAUAUGCAAGUGACAUCUCCCGGAAAUAUUAUGAUUUUUUUCGUCGAAAAUAAAGUGCAAUAUUGUAAUCAUUUUAGGAUUAUGUUUAAAAUGGAAUUUUUCUCCUAGGUUUACGCGCAACUAUUCAUAGAAGAAGGUUUAGUAAAAAGAAAAAGAAAAAUGUCGCAAAAAAUCAUCAUAUUUCAAGAAAAAAAAUAUCUCCAUUAAGCUCCAGUUAAAAAUAAAAAUAUUACACAUAGAGAAUUAAAAAGAUAAAAAAUAAAGAAAAUGCAAAAAAUACAUAAUCGUAGACUAUUAGAGAAAAAGAGUAUGACUUAAGGCUCCAACACCAACUUAAUUGACUCGAUGUACAUACAUAAGUGAAUAUAAUUAAUAAAAAAAAAUUAAUGAUAUAGUGAUUAAAUUAAUUAAAAGGUGAGAUAUGUAGUGAAUAAAUAUUUCAAAAAGCAAAACAACAAAAAAAAACAUCUUGUCCUUCAAGUAUUACUAAAUUUUUAUCAUUAUUGCGCACUCUUCAACUUCCUUCCCUUCGGAAUGAUAUAUAUUUCUUGUAUAAAGAAAAAAAAAUUGAAAAAGAAAAAAACCAAGAAUUAGUGGUAUUAAAGCUGUUUCUCAAAACUAUUUCUUUUUGAUUUUCAGAAAGAGACAAUUUUCUAGAAUAAAAAUGCUGUAAAAUAGAAUUUCAGAAAUCUAGCGUAGAUUUAAUAAAAAUUCAAAUUUAUUGAAAUAAAAUUUUUUUUGUGGAAAAAAAUACGUAAAAGUGAAUGAAGAAGCUUUUUAGUGAGGAAAUGAAAUAAAAGAAAAAUCGAAAAAUAUAAAUAUUGCAAAAAAAUAUGGUAAAAUCUCUUAAGGAAAAUAUUUAAAAUAAAAAAAUAAAGUAAUAAAAUGUAUACGAAAUUUAGAAAAAUUUUUCAUGAGGAUUAUCACUUCCUCGCAAGUCCCCUCUCAAAAAAAAAGUAUCACCACUUUAUACAACUAUCUUAUAAUAGGAAUUUAUUCUUCUCGGCAAAGAAAACAUGAGUCUCCUAAACAUUGCAGCUUCUUCAGCAUGAUUGAAGAUUGACGAAUGAUUAUAAAUUAUUUAACAGAAAAAAAAUCCCUAUAAGAAAUGUAAAAUUUAAAGGUAAUAAUUAUUCCUAUAAUCAAUAUUAUAAACAUAAUUAUUGGCUCUAAAUCAGUUAAAUGAACAAAUUAUGAUGAUAAAAGGAAGAGAAACAAAUAAAAAGAAACUUGCUGUUGAAAAUAACAAAAAAAAACGUCUUCUUAUUUCAAAUGGCCACCAUGGG